GAGGAAUGAUAACAUAUAAGUCAAUUCCUAAUAACUAGAAACAGAGAGAUUUCUCAAUCCAGUAUAUAAUGGCAUAGGAUUCCCCAGCACCUUUAACAAAACAUUCCUACAUCUAUUUUCAAGUUUGGCUAUGAUUACAGUAAAUGUAUCAGAUAAAUUGCUCCUUCAUAGUUGUAAGAGCCCCCCACAACAGACCAGAGAAUGCAGCACAUGUCACCACCUUCAUAAGAUGAGAGAGCAACUUCUAAUCUGUCUUCUACUAGCAUGGCUCCUGCUUGCUGUUUCUCAGCUCCAGGGCUCCCAAAUUAAUGUUCAAGCUAUUGAAUCAGUGCCAACAGUUCGCUUCAAGUUCAGAUCUAGAAGCCCCAUGCCAAGGCCACGUUUACCUAACUGGGUUGAAAUGAAAAAGAUUCAUAAAUCCCCAUCUGGUCCCAACCCAGUAGGCAAUCACCAUCCACCAUCUAGGCACUGAGACAGUGGAAGCAAUGGCCAGCAUAAAUAGAAUGAGGUAAACAUGAUUUGGGUUGGAGGUCAGAUGUCAUCAUGUAGACUUCUUUUUUAUGCUUGAGACAAAAAUGAAUUUUACUUUUAUGAUUCAUGUCAGAAAACAUGUAUUGUUGUAAUAUUGUGUGCUCCUAUUCUCCAUUUAAAUGAGCUAGCUCUGGCUUACACUAAUAAAGAUUAGUUUGCUAUGAGAA